CGUAAAUUUCGAUGUAACAUCGUUGAGUUACGUUCCGAUGGCUUUUGCGGAAAUGGAAACGUUUCUAGAAUUAUUUUCCUGAAAACUAAAAUGUGGUAAGGAGCUGUUUCCUUUGGCUACUGUGUUCUCAGAGAAGCCAGCCUUGUAGAUACAAUACUAUACAUAUAGCGUAGUUGCGCACCAUGGACCGAUGUGUUUGUUCAUAAUAUUGUGUGUACUGUAAGAGGUUAGAAAUUAAACAAAUUUUGACGAAUUAAUAACGUAAAAAUGACGAAGUUAACAAGAAUGAUUUUUAAUAUGAGUGCCAUAUCCACCAUAGGAGUGGGUAGUUGGUACCUGGGUAAAUAUUCAGAACGCAAACGGCAUUUAAAUGCAAAUAAAGAUGAUAAUGAAUUAUAUACUUUUUCUGCAACAAAUAUUAAAAAGAUGCCCGGUUUGCCUUUAUUUGGAACAGUUUCUGCGGCAACAGCAUUUGUUCCCACGGAAACUGAAACAAAUAUGGGCUCAAAUUUAUCAGCAACAAGUAAAAGGGUGUCUGAAAUUAUGAAAUAUGGUUUUCCUGGAUUAGAUCAUGUCAGAUCAUAUGAAGAUUUUGUUCUUUCGUAUGAUAGAAGGAAUAGGGUAGCACAUUGGGUAUUUGAACAUUUAACUAGAGACAGAUUACAAUCUAACACCGAGGUAUCACGUAGUAAAUGUGAAUUUAAACCUGAUCCAAGCAUACAUCCAUUUUUUAGAUCUGAUAACAGUGAUUACAAACGUAGUGGAUAUGAUCGUGGGCAUUUGGCAGCUGCAGGAAAUCAUAAAUGUCAUCAGCGUCACUUAGAACAGACAUUCUUUUUAACAAAUAUGGCACCUCAAGUAGGUGCAGGUUUUAAUAGAGAUUCUUGGAACAGACUAGAAAAAUAUGUUAGGCAUUUAACUAAAGUUUACAAGGAUGUAUAUGUUUGUACUGGUCCUUUGUAUUUACCAAAAGUAGAAUCUGAUGGAAAAAAAUAUGUGAGGUAUGAAGUUAUAGGUGCUAAUCAUGUAGCAGUUCCAACUCAUUUUUAUAAAAUUAUUGUUGGAGAAACAUAUGAUUCAAAAUUGGAAAUGGAAGCAUUUGUAAUGCCAAAUACACCUAUAGAUGAUAAUACUCCUUUAACAAAUUUUCAGGUACCUCCAGAGAGUGUAGAACGUGCUGCUGGACUUUUAUUUUUUGAUAAAAUUUCACGGGAUAAAUUACACAAAAUAAAUGGGAAAAAAUGUUAGGAACAUAUAGGGAGGAGCUUUACAUAAAUAAGACUAAGCAAGUUUUAUAGAUAAAGCUUAUUCUUGGGCGCAAAAUUCCAUAUUUUGUAUUUGAUACACAGAGUGACAAUCAUUUUGAACAUUUCAACAAUGAAAUAUUUUUAUCACUGCAAGUAUUUCAGUUAAUUCAGCCUCCAUUUUUUGUCAUGUUAUAAACAAGUAAUGCUGAAGUGAAAUAUUUAAAUUUUUAUUAUUUUUGUACAUUCAGUAAUUAUUUACAUACAAUAUUGCAUGUUGUCACAUCUUGUCAUAAAAUAAGUAUUCACAUGAAAAGCGCAUGCACUCUUAUUUACGUAUUUUUCUUAAUAUCCAAAAUUUCAGUCUUGAAUAAAACAUUUAUGAUAUUUA